AAGUCGCAGCCCUCUUCUUUCAACUAAAGUCUAAAGCCUAUCAUCUCCUCUACUUCUCUCUCCUCUCCUUCUCUCUCUAGUGUUUGAGCCCUAGAUUUUCUCAGCCUUUCUCGCACUUUCUUCUCUAUUUGUCAUCCGAUAUUUGUUCGACAAAAAUGGCAAACGCAGCAUCAGGGAUGGCUGUGCAUGAUGACUGCAAGCUUAAGUUUUUAGAAUUAAAGGCGAAAAGAACAUACCGCUUCAUAGUUUUCAAGAUUGAAGAGAAGCAAAAGCAGGUUAUAGUGGAAAAGCUUGGUGAACCAACUCAGAGCUAUGAAGAUUUUACCGCAAGCCUUCCUGACAAUGAGUGCCGCUAUGCUGUCUAUGACUAUGAUUUCAUCACUGAAGAGAAUGUCCAGAAGAGCAAGAUUAUUUUCAUCGCCUGGUCUCCUGACACAUCAAGGGUGAGAAGCAAGAUGAUUUACGCGAGCUCGAAAGACAGGUUUAAGAGAGAGUUGGACGGAAUUCAGGUAGAGUUGCAGGCUACUGAUCCAACUGAGAUGGGCCUUGAUGUUUUUAGAAGCCGCUCUAACUGAAUGUAAAGCGUGAAACUAUGCAAUGGAGAAUCCUCCCUACUAUCUGGGUUUCUUAUGUGAAAUAUCCAUACUUUAUGGAAACAUGAAUUUAUCUUCCUAUAAUAUUGGUUUAUGACGUGAUUUGUAAUGUGGAUUUAUUGGUACCUGAUUUUGGUGUCAUAUACAAACUAAUAUCAUAUGGUGCUUUGUUAUAGUUUACUGUUUGUAA